GAGCGGCGGACGCGCUUCCGGAGCUGUCACCUGUGUUGUCUCCACAUCAGCUGCGAUGCCGUUUGAGUUUCCCUGGCAGUACAGUUUCCCCCCGUUUUUCACGCUACAGCCCAAUGCCGACACGAGACAGAAACAGCUGGCGGCCUGGUGUUCCCUGGCCCUGUCGUACUGCCGCCAUCACAAGCUCUACACCCUGGAUGUCAUGGAGGCGCAGGAAAGCCCCGUGUUUAACAACAAGAAGAUAGAACGAAAACUGUCAAUGGAAGCGAUUCAAAUUGUGUUUGAGGAGCUGAGGAAAAAAGGCAACCUCGAGUGGUUGGAUAAAAAUAAGUCUCGUUGUUUAGUCAUGUGGAGACGACCAGAGGAAUGGGCCAAGUUGAUAUACCAGUGGGUUUCCAAAAAUGGCAUGGUCAACUCUGUGUUUACACUUUAUGAGCUGUCCAACGGUGAUGACACGGAGGGCGAAGAGUUUCAUGGACUAGAAGAGUGGAUGCUGCUGCGCUCGUUGCAGGCUUUACAAACAGAGGGAAGAGCAGAAGUCAUCUCCAUGGAUGAUGGAAAAGGUGUCAAAUUCUUCUGACGUGCUGCUGGAAUCACACACAUACUAUCUCGGAGUCCUCGUAUCGUACCUUACAGGCAAAUUUUAAGAUUCAACCGUUUAAGGCGCCUCAAUGCCCAGUGGACGCUGGUUCUGUAAAUGUUGUUGCUGCCUUCUGGUUCAAAGCCUCCUCUCUCUGCAAAAGAACCAUUAUCCUAUGUGAGUGUUUGUGGGAAAAUACACCUGAGGUGACGCUGUGAAAAGAGCUGUCACAGGCCACGUUUGUUGCUAUUAAAACAUGCAAUGAGUCUUAUCAGGGGACUAAAUCCUGUCGUGUCUGAGUACUUUAGGGGAGCGUUUCCCCACCAGUCUUAACUUAACGCUUUCAUUUCCUUCAUUAACGACCUAACUGUGUAUAAUUAGCUCCGCACCUUGGCUUGGCUGCUGCUCUACUGUUCAGCCAGACAUACCCAAAGAAAUCCCAGAACACAACACCAGGGGGACUUUUUAUUUUCCGAAGAAAUGCUUCCAGAAGAGGAACUCCACAGAGACUUGAAGCCAUUUCUGGCUCCUCUCAGCCGAGUUUAACAACACACUGGACUACAUGUACAGAUUGCUGUCAUCCUGUUGUUGAGCUGUAGCUACUGUGACUCUCCUGUUAUUAUUCUCUCUGUCUAUAUUCAGCCUCUUUUUUUUCAUAUCCUCUUGGAAAAUAAACAAGACAUUU